AUGGAGAAUCGUCACCUGGGAGUGUUGCACCUAAAUCAGGGAAGCCUCGCCGACGCUACGUCUGUUCAUUUUUUAUGCGGUGGCGUCUCCGAUGCCGGAGCUUGGUCGACGACUGAAGAAAAGGAACCUGUUGGAGUAGCCCAAAGGAAAGAAGUGAGGCAAAAUAAAUGGAGAAGUGCAGAUGGCGUGAAACAAGGAUGGUGGAUAAGGAAAGCAAUGAAUGAACGGUAACCAAUCCAAAAGAAAAACGAAUCUUAUCUUAUCUUAUGAAUGAAUAAAGUAGACUUGGUGGAGAAAAAAAAGAUUUAUUCAAGGUUGCUGAGCAGUGUAGAGAUCUUCCUGGAUAUGAACUGUGUUUCAUGAUUUCUGGACUUAAGGAUUCUGGUGUAAAAGAUUUCAUAUAAUAUUUUAUGAAACAGGGAAGCUUUCAAUAAUUUUCAUGUUUAAUACUAUUUUUCAUAUUGUUUUGCUGCUAAUAAUUUUGUGUAUUUGUCAGUGUAUGCAGCUUUUUUAUAUUAGCCAACUUAAAACACCAUGGGAUGAAGUGGUUAGAGAAAAGUUUCCACACCGUGUACAUCAGGUUUUUCCAAAAUUGAAGGUUUGGAGUUCUUGAUGGGUGUAAUUUGCUUGGUGCCGAUGCACUUACAGUAUCUUAUGGAAGUUCUCAUGUGGGUAUUGAUUGGUUCAUAGAGCCAAUCUUAGGUCUGAAGAUGUUGCAAUAUUCGAGUCUCCCAUGUUGGCAGCCGUCAACAAAUUUUCAUAUUGGUGACUGUUGAUACUGGUGUUAACGCUGACAUCAGCUGUGCUUAUUUGGAUUGGCCUUGCAAAGAAUCGUAUUGAUUAUCCUCCUUUUUGGUACUCCAUUAAGACAGCCUCAUCUUACAUCAUCAUUUUGGCUUCAUAUUCCGCUUAUGUUUCAUAAAACAGGGGCCAUUUUUUUAACUGUUUGGUAAAAGGACUACAUGAACCAUUUAUGUUGAUGCAAAUUGUACCGAAAAUAACAUUAUACUUUAAAUUGAAACAGCUACAGUGGUUUCUAGAACCUUGGUUUUUUAUGAUUCAUGAAAAGGUUUUGUUGUUGAUGGAAACCAUGGUAUAUUGUUCCUUUUGAUGUAUGAGAUUGAUUGUUUGUCAAUGUUAUUUGUUAAUCAUGUUUGUGAAUGUUAGUUAUUAACUUAUAGCAAGAUAUCAACUACAAUACAAUUUCCAUUGCUACGAUG